UGAGUAAACAUUACAAGCGGAAAACGCCGAGGACGGAGGACGAAACGAUUUUUAAAACGUUCAUAUUUUAAUCAAGAAGAGUUCGUAAAAGUCAGAAUUUGAAGUAUGUAUUUGAAAUAUUGUGGAUUGCUUUUCUGUCUUAUAAUUACUAUUGUUUACACAUCGGGUAUACCUUUGAAAGACGACGCUUCUGCGACAAAAAAUGUUGAUUUUGACGACGCUCUAGACAUUGCAAAUACUGGAGAUAUUUCUAAAAGAAGUGUAGAAGCAGAUGAUGAUGAUGACUAUGAUGUUGAAAGGCAAAAGCGAAGCGACGAUUUGAACAAAAUAGAGAAGAUGUUGAAUGAAUUGCAAUCCAAUAAAAAAGAAGAUACAGUCGAUGUUGAUGACGAUGCGGAACAUGACGAUGACAAAAGGGAAUCUCGUGGUGCAGAAUCCGAUGAUGAUGAUGAUGUUGACGAUGAUGAUGACAUGAAUAGACAAAGAGAAACCCGAGGAACAGAUGAUGAGGAUGAUGACAAAUCAGAAGUUGAGAAAGAAAAGAGAGAUACUGAUGAUGAUAAUGCCGAUGCUACAGCAGAUGAUGAUGAUGACAUUGCAAAUAGAAAUAAACGGGGAGUAGAAGAUGAUGAUGAUGACUUUGAUGCUGCUGAUGAUGACGAUGAUGAUGACAUUUAUAGUAGAAAUAAACGAGAUGUACAUGCUGAUGAUGAUGAUGACUUUGAUGCGAAGGAUGAUGAUGAUGAUGUUCAUGUAAGCAGAGUUUUGAGAGGUGCUUCUGAUGAUGAUGAUGAUGCUGAUGAUGAUGAUGACUUAGAUAAUGACAACUUUGGACCAGAAAAGAGAGAUGUAGGAGCAGAAAGUGAUGAGAAUGAUGUGAAUGAAAACAUGAAUUCAAAUGGGAAAACCCAUAGCAGGAAAAGAAGAGAUUUAAGAGAGGUGAAUGCUGAAAAUGAUGUCACUGCUAAUGCUAAAAAUAAGCAUAUCAUCUCAAAGAGAGAUAAAAAACCCGUAAAAAAACCCGCAAAACCUAAAGGAUCAAUGGGAUGUAAAUCUAGAAGAUCAUUAGCAGAUGAUUUGAAUUUGAAAGCUGAUGAUAAUGAUGAUGAUGAUGACUUGGAAAGAUUAAGAAGAGAACUUGGAGAUCUUGAUGCUGACGAAGAAGAAGAGGAUGAUGACUUUGAGGGAAGAAAUAUUAAGAGAGAUCUUGCAGCUGAUGACGAUGAGGAUUUAGAUGCUGAUGAUGAUGAUCUUGAAGUAGAAACACCAAAAGAACCAGUUACUGCAGAGAAGGCUAAGGAACAUUCCAGAAAAAGGAGAAGUCUUGCAGAAAAUUUAAAUGAAAACAUUGAUGAAGAUGCUGAUGAUGAUGAUGCUGAUGAUGAUGACGAUGAAGAUUUCACUAACAGAGAGAGAAGGGAUGUUGAUGAGGACUUUGAUGAAGAUGAAGAUGAUGAUGACGAUGUUUAUACUCGGUUUAGACAUGCAAGAGAUUUAGAUGCUGAUGAUGAUGAUGAUCUUGAUGAAGACAGUAUGGCAGGCAGGAACAGACGUAAUGACGAUGAUGAUGACGAGGAUGUUGAUAUUAAACAUAAUGAAGCUAUGAAAAAAAGAGAUGCAAAGGGUGAUUCUGAAGAGGAUGAUGAUGUAGAAGCAGACAAAACUAAUAAAGCUAAAAAAAUCAAUAAAGCUAAAAGAUCAAAUGAAAAAAAUUCUAAACAAGAUGAUGAUGAUGAUGAUGAUGAUGAUGACAAAGUAUCUCAAAAGGAUUCUGCAAAAACUCGAGCAUCUCAUUUUCAAAAAAGAUCAGAUGAAAAAAAUCCUAAACAAGAUGAUGAUGAUGAUGAUGAUGAUGAUGACAAAGUAUCUCAAAAGGAUUCUGCAAAAACUCGAGCAUCUCAUUUUCAAAAAAGAUCAGAUGAAAAAAAUCCUAAACAAGAUGAUGAUGAUGAUGAUGAUGAUGAUGAUGAUGACAAAGUAUCUCAAAAGGAUUCUGCAAAAACUCGAGCAUCUCAUUUUCAAAAAAGGUCAGAUGAAAAAAAUCCUAAACAAGAUGAUGAUGAUGAUGAUGAUGAUGAUGAUGACAAAGUAUCUCAAAAGGGUUCUGCAAAAAAACGAGCAUCUAGAUUACAAAAAAGAUCAGAUGAUGACCAUGAUGAUGAUGUCACAGAUGAACAAAAUUCAAAUCAAAAUGUAGAAGAGAAAGAUGUUAAUAAAAUACAAAAACAUUCAAGAGAUCUACACAUGAAAAAAUUGGUUGAAAAUCGACACAAGAAAAAAUUGGUUGAAAGUCCUCAUAAGUUAUCAGAAACCAGUCCAGUUAUAAGACCAAUAGGUGGAGGACCACGAGGACCAUUAGCUAUAAAAGAACAGUUGGAGCAACAAUUUGGAAAACUUUUCGCACACAAGCCAAUAGUUGAUGUAGCAUGGAAAGAGCCACUGGUUUACAGUAAUUGUUGGGUCACAGCUAUGAUGGCACAUUCACAUGAUUUCUCACCAAUGUGUCACAACGACGGUUCUUAUGCUCCAAAACAAUGCUUUUUACAAAGAUGCUGGUGUGUAAAUAAAGAUGGCACUUCACAAGAAACAGAAAGUAACAGAUUUUUUUAUAAAAUUGACGGAAUAAUGUUAAAAUGCACCCAGCAUGUUUAGGAUUUUUUUUUUCACCAAGUAUUUUAGUAAACAUUUUAUCUGAACAUUUUAUUUAAUGUAUAAUUCAUUGGAAAGAGACUGUGA